ACCGGCGGGGGGGGGGGGGGGGAGGCCGGGACGGGCCUGGCGGUUGUGAACUCGAACCCCCCCGCUAUCGCCGCGGCCGGCGGGAGCGGGCCCUGGAGGCCGGCCUGGGGCUCCAUGGACGGGCGCCGCGCCUGGGCUCAGCCCGCGGGAGAGCAGGUGUUGGAAAGCACGUGACCUUCCAGUGUCAGGGGAAAAAAAUAGACACAUUGAGAGAAAGGAGAUAGAUCUCCUCAAAGCAGUUUAUUUCCGCAUGGAAGGAUGUGUAGCCACUCUCCCCACAGUUAGGCAGACAGACCAGAGGCCGGACCCAUGCUGGCACAGCGCUGCAGGAGGCUCUCCAUGGGCCCAACCCAGCCGGGGCUCCCUUCAGGGCCUUCCCAGGAGUCGCUGCAGGCCCCGGAGAAGGAGCCCAGCGGGCUGAGGCAUCGAGGAGCUCCGGCGGCCCGAACGAGCGUCGAAGCCCCGCGCAGGGUCCAUCGCUGUGCCCACUGUCGACGGCACUUCCCCGGCUGGGUGGCCCUGUGGCUGCACGCCCGGCGCUGCCAGGCCCAGCUGCCACUGCCCUGCCCCGAGUGCGGCCGGCGCUUCCGCCACGCGCCCUUCCUGGCGCUGCACCGCCAGGUCCAUGCGGCCGCCACCUCGGACCCGGGCUUCGCCUGCCACCUCUGCGGCGGGCUCUUCCGAGGCUGGGUGGCCCUGGCGCUGCACCUGCGGGCGCACGCGGACGCCAAGAGGCCCAUCGCCUGUCCCGAGUGUGAGAGACGCUUCUGGCGGCACAGGCAGCUCCGCGUUCACCUGCGGCGCUGUCACCCCCCGGCCCCCGAGGCCCGGCCCUUCAUAUGUGGCAACUGUGGCCGGAGCUUCUCCCAGUGGGACCAGCUGGUGGCCCACAAGCGGGUGCACGUGGCCGAGGCCCUGGAAGAGGCGGCGGCCAAGGCCCUGGGGCCGAGGCCUCGGGGCCGGCCCGCAGUCACCGCCCCCGGGCCCGGCGGGGACGCCGUGGACCGGCCGUUCCAGUGCGCCUGCUGCGGCAAGCGCUUCCGCCACAAGCCCAACCUGAUCGCCCACCGCCGCGUGCACACCGGCGAGCGGCCGCACCAGUGCCCCGAGUGCGGGAAGUGCUUCACCAACAAGCCCUACCUGACCUCGCACCGGCGCAUCCACACGGGGGAGAAGCCCUACCCGUGCACCGAGUGCGGCCGCCGCUUCCGCCACAAACCCAACCUGCUGUCGCACAGCAAGAUCCACCGGCGAUCCGAGGGCUCGGCGCCGCCGGGCCCCGGCCCCCGGAGCCCCCAGCUGCCGGCGGCGGUGGCGGCGGCCGCCGCAGGGCCCCGCGCAGACCCGGCCCCUGAGAAGCCGGCGGCGGUGGGGCCGGUGCCCGCGGGCCCCGGGGCGCUCGCGCAGGCCCCCUCCACGCUGUUCGCCUGCGCCGAGUGCGGGCGAAGCUUCCGGCUGGAGCGCUUCCUGCGCGCGCACCAGCGGCAGCACUCGGCCGAGCGGCCCUUCGCCUGCGCCGAGUGCGGGAAGCUCUUCGGCAAGAAGACGCACCUGGCGGCGCACGCGCGCGUGCACUCGGGCGAGCGGCCCUUCGCCUGCGAGCAGUGCGGCCGCCGCUUCUCCCAGGGCAGCCACCUGGCGGCGCACCGGCGGGACCACGCGCCCGAGCGCCCCUUCGUGUGCCCCGACUGCGGCAAGGCCUUCCGCCACAAGCCCUACCUGGCCGCGCACCGGCGCAUCCACACCGGCGAGCGGCCCUACGCCUGCCCCGACUGCGGCAAGGCCUUCAGCCAGAAGUCCAACCUGGUGUCGCACCGGCGCAUCCACACCGGUGAGCGGCCCUACGCGUGCCCCGACUGCGACCGCAGCUUCAGCCAGAAGUCCAACCUCAUCACUCACCGCAAGAGCCACAUCCGCGACGGCGCCUUCUGCUGCGCCAUCUGCGGCCAGACCUUCGACGACGAGGAGCGGCUCCUGGCCCACCAGAAGAAGCACGACGUCUGAGCGGACCGGCGGGCGCGGCCGGGCCUGCCCGCCGCCGGGGCUUCCGAGGGUCCCCACGAUCGGCCCUGCGCCCCGGAAAAGUAGCAAUAGCAGCUCUAUUUACCCUUAGAGCCCUCGGCUAGAGGAGCCGCCAGCCGGAAGGAAGCCUCUCCGUCCUCUGGUGUUAACGCCUUAAUGUCCCAGUCUUUACUAGGAGUUACUUCAGGUCACUUUUGGAAGUAGGUGGGUGGGGUAGAGUCCUUAGGAAAUGAACGGUCGGGGAGGGAACCUGGACGGGCUGGGGACACGUGGGGGAAACCUGCUGCCCGCGAAGGCCGCCGGGGCGGGGAGCCGGAGCCGCCCUUACCGCUCCCCCUCCUCGCUGCCGCCUUCCUAGGUGUCCCUGCGAAGACACCCAGGUACUGAUUGUGGUAUGCAAGCCAGUGAUCCCACACGUGCUCCCGAAGCCCGAUCCUCUCCUCCUUGGUCUGGUCUGGCUUUAGCUAAGGUCUGUCCCUGUGCUGAGCACUUCCCUGGCUGCUUUCCCAGCCCCUCUGCGCUCCCUCCGGCUCGGCGUGUCUUUGGGCAGGGCCUGGGUGAGUUUCCAUUCCAUGGUUAUCAGUGGUUUGAUGCCAGCUUCCAACCAACCAAGCUCUUGGGUCGACAGAUAGUGUCGCCUCUUGAGCACCUGGUUCUAUCGUAGGAUAAUUAUAAUUGUUAGAAAUUCUCCCUUAAUAAUGAUCAGAUUCUGCUUUCCUGUGAUUUCUACCCACUGGGCUUUGUUUUGUCUCUGGAUCAGAACUGAACAACCACUCACCUUCCUUUUCAAACUAGAGAAUAAAGAUUUGGUUUUAGAA